ACCGACAAGAACUUCAGAUGAUUAUAAUGGUCAGGUAAGCAUGGGAAACUCCUCAUUUACCUCAGUUCUGUGUUCCUCAGGCAGGACCAAACCACAAAACCAGAGAAAAACCUCUCCCUCUGGGAUCAUGACAAGGCAGCUGCUUCUCCUUUAGAAACAGGAACUUGGGGAAGGUGGUUCCUUGAUGGUCUGUGAUGCCGUCAGAGGAAAUGGGUGGUUAUGAGAACCACAGAGCCUGCAGGUGUGAGCUGGGAGCCCCGAGGACGCUAUGACAAAGCUGAAAGAGCCCUGGGCCUUCUUCCCUGGCCUGGCUGUGCUUGGGAGGGCUGUCCAGUGUUGGGGGGUCCCUAAGGAGCACCAGUCCCCUGUCUCAUCCCAGGUCUACAAACUGCUGACCACAGCAGAUGCAGAGCUACCCAAAGGGUUACCAAAAGCAUCUCCCUGAAGAGUCUCCCAGGCUGAGAGGAUUCUGAGUGUCAUAGGACUAAGGACUUUGGCAGAUGUUCCGAAGGGCCCUCCAACGUCCUAACCUCUCCAACCAAAGCAGGCAUCUAAGCUGAGCCUCCGCCCCAAGCUUUGAUGACAGGAAAUCAAGUAAAUUUCUCUUGGCCAUGUACUUCCGAGUGUUCUGCUGAGGAACGAUGGGAGGUCAACCCAGCAGAGGGAAAACCCUGCCAAGCCCCAGCUCGAGUCCCUCUGUCCAAGAACCGGGCCCUGUGCCCAUGCAAGCAGAGAGAAGCAGGGCCACAGCUGUGGCCCUGGGCACCUUCCCAGUAGGCGAGCACACGGAGCUGCCACUGAGCCUGGGGGAUCCAUUGACCAUCAUCUCUGAAGAUGGAGACUGGUGGACAGUGGUAUCAGAUGCUUCAGGCACAGAAUACAGCAUUCCCAACAGUCACGUGGCCAAAAUCUCCCACGGGUGGCUGUAUGAGGGUCUGAGCCGGGAGAAAGCUGAAGAACUGCUGUUGCUGCCUGGAAACUCUGGAGGUGCCUUUCUCAUCCGGGAGAGCCAGACCAGGAGAGGCUGUUACUCCCUGUCAGUCCGCCUGAGCCGCCCUACAUCGUGGGACCGGAUCAGACACUACAGGAUCCAUCGCCUUGAUAAUGGCUGGCUGUACAUCUCACCACGCCUCACCUUCCCAUCACUCCAGGCCCUAGUGGAUCACUAUUCUGAGUUGGCGGAUGAUAUCUGCUGCCUCCUCAAGGAACCCUGUGCCCUGCGGAGGGCUGGCCCACAGCCUGGCAAGUCCAUACCCCCACCUGUGACUGUGCAGAGCAUGCCACUCAAUUGGAAAGAGCUGGACAGCUCCCUCCUGUUCUCUGAAGCACCUACCCUAGGGGAGUCCCCUCUCCUCAGUGAGGGGCUCCGGGAGGCCAUCAGCUCUUACAUCAGCCUAACUGAUGACAGCUCCUUGGAUGAUGCCAUGGCCCAAAACAGAGGCCAAAAGGGAAUCCAACGCUGCAACACCUAGAUCCCCCGCUCAGCUCACCUUGAGCACUCUAGAGGCAAAUUCAGGGUCCCACUUGCAUUCUGUGCUCCUUCCUCUUUCGGCCCUAAGAAGUCAUUUAACCCCCUCCCAGUGUCACAAAUCCACCUGCAACCUCUAAUUCAAGUACCUCUAAUUCAAGUACAGAUCAGCUGAGAACAGGGACAGGGCUCCAAAGAGACUAAACCUCUGGGGUUUGACCCAGUUUGACCUGAGUUGGGAUUUCCAUCUUUCUCCCCUGCCUACUGAAUCCCCUUCAACACACCCCACAGCUCCACCCACUAGGUAGAAGCCACCAUUCGUAUCAAGAAGAAAAAAAAUCAUUUAAAGAAAAUUUACAAGUCUCACUCAGAAUACCAUACUUCAGAAGGUAGAAGGGACAGGAAAGCAGAUGGGAUGGAUGUCUUCCCACAGCAACAGAACCCAGGAUGUCCAGCCUCUACCUGGACCUCAGAGCAAAGGGGACCCCUGACAGUCCAGGUUCUCAAACAGCCCCAUCAGGCCUCUUCUCUGGACAGUCAUAGCUCCAAGAUCUCUAUUUCAUUUUGUGGCUUAUCAUGUGAACCUGCCUAAGCUUUCCUGGCUACAGUGGCCCUGCCACCUUGUGGCCAAACACAAAAUGGCACCUUCUGGGUCUAGCCCACUGCAGUGAGGUCAGUCACAUCUCAGCACCAGGUGGGGCAUCAGAAGUCACUAAGCUUCUCUCCACAAAACCAAGGCCACAGCCUACACCAACUCUAGCCCUUAAUUUCUCUGCUGCCCAUUAAGGAAAGAGAGGCCUAGCUGGAGCUGCUACAGGAGCAGGGAGAGGAGGUGAAGGAUGAGGUUGGAGGGCAGGGGUCUGAGGCUAGAGGUGAGGUGGGAAAAGCUUUAACAGGUAUCGUCAACAGAUUUUCAAUUAAAGAUUUGAUUUAUUCAAGUACCCGAAAACAUUCUACAAUGGAAACUGUUAUUAGAUGAUGCUUAUACUGUGCUAAUGACCACGCACAUACGGCCACAAUGUUUUCAGAAAACUUGAAAUGCCACUGAUAGUUUAAAAACUGUACACCUGAUGGAGAAGUGAGGAAGACAAUUUAAUGUUUCAUCCGGAUCCAGAGGUGCAUCCAAUUAAAAGACAGCUCCCAUCAGCAAACAGGUGUUUCAUGAUGAUAUCCAAGAAGAAAUGGUUGGUGAUGGACAAUUCAGAAAUGCUUCUCCAAAAGGCAGUUGGUUCUUUAAAAAGUUUCAGAUCACAACCCUUGCAGAAAACACUGAUGCCCAACACACUGAUUCUCGGUCCAGGAAACACAGGUCUUCCAGUUUCCAUGUGACUGGGGUGUCCCUACAAUCAUGUUUCUGUGCUGUAACUAUGACGGUCCUUUGGACCGGACAGAGAGCAGGUGGGGUCUGUAACCAUCAGUCAUAGUGGAUGGCAGUGUAAAAAAUGAUCCAGAUAACCUAGAGAGAAGACAAGCAAUGGUCAUAGAUCACCUGGGUCAACACAGGCCCCUAUUCCACAAAAGAAAUGUGUCAAACAAUGUAUGCACAGUGGGCUUCCAAGGGCUAUUCAGUGCAACUGGACUGGAGGCCUAAACAAUUUCACUGAAAUCAAGCUGUAUCUAACAGAGCCCAGGGUUACCCACCAGUGCUCCCAAAGGGACCACAGACAAGCUUCCCUCUCAACCAAAUAGUGACUGCAGCACUCGGGGGUAGAGUUAUAGAUGUGGAAAUGAUAUGGGUAAAGUAUCAGGAUUAACAACAAACGUGGAAAAGAAACCACCAACAUAUCCUGUCGGCUUGUCAGCUUCACCUCAGACAAAGCAGAGGUUCUCAAAACUGGCUAUUCAUUGCAAUCUCCUGGGACCUUUAGUAUGUAUGCCCAGGCAUCCUCACCCAGAGAUUUUGAUUUUACUGAUUUGGGCUAGGGUCUACAAUUUUUAAAAAAUUAACUUUUGAGAUAUAAUUCACAUUUCAUAAAGUUCACCUUUUAAAGUAUACAAUAAAUAAAUAUAUAUACACACACACACAAUGCAGAGUUUUUAGUAUAUUCACAGCCUAACUGAUUCUGGGACAUUUGCAUCAUCUUCAGUUUCUUCCCAUUUCCUCACACACACACACCCCCACCCCAGCCACUGGCAACCACUAAUCGACUUUCUGUGUGGAUUUGCCUAUUCUGGACAUUUUACAUGUAAAUGGAAUCAUGUAACGUGUUUUUGUGUCUAGCUUCUUUCACUAAGCAUAAUGUUUUAAAAAUUCAAAGUUGUAAUCCCUACCAGUACUUUAUUCCUCUUUACGAUUGAAUACCACAUGGCUAUACAACAUCUUAUUUAUCUACUGA